CCUUGCGUGAGGGUAUUUUACUAGCUAGCUAGCUCAGAGGGGAAAACAAAAGGGCAGAGGAUUGAAUUUGCAGUGAAUGUUUCGGAGAUCUUCUCCACUUUUUAUAAACAAUGUUCUCUCUAACCACAUCCUUCCAGCCUCAGGUAACUGUGCCACUGAGCCAUAUAAUCAAUGCUGUGCACUCGCUGAAAGUGUCAGCCAGCUCCACUGCCACUGCGGCAGUUCAGAGUCUACACAGAGAGCUUUCAGCUGAUCAGGACAUACUGUCUCACAGCCCUGACACACAGCUUAAGCAAAUCCAUAAAGACCUGGGGAUCUCGGAGCUGAAGCUAAGUGGAGUCACUGAGCUGUUAAACAGGCUGCUGCCACGAGCUCCCAAAGACAGCACCGACCUUAGGGUCUGUCUUCCAUCUUCAAGAUGGAGAACAUCGCACACGUCUACAGAUUCCUUCUUUCACAACAAACAUGGUUUCUCUCAGAGUAUGCCAGGACUCUUUGGCUCGCCAAUAUUCCAUAGACAGAACUCCCACCCUCUUCGGGGUCUUUGCUCAGAUCUUCAGCACUUGCAAGUAUGGGUCCAAAGCCGAGGUUUUAAAACUCUGAGGUCCAAAACCAGGCGCCUUCAGUCCAGUUAUGAGAGUCCAGCAGAAUCGGAGAGCUAUACCCCACAAUUUAUGAAGGGUUUUCUUAUGAGGGAAAAAGCUGAUACAGAGAGCCUUGACCAGUUAAUGAAACAAAGAAAUCUUCCAGAUAAUCAGCAAGAUGCCUUUAAAACUGGUUUUACCGAGGGCUUCAUGAAAUCUCAAGCCCUAAUGCAGAAGACCCAAGAUUCACUUAAGAGGACACGUUUGAUUUUGCUUGUCCUCUUGCUUGUUGGCAUCUAUGGUUUGUCAAGAACCCCAUUUCUCUCGGGUAAAGGCUCGUUUUCUGAUACUGUCCGAUUCCGUACUACAUCUGGUCUGGAUGCUGCACUGGAUCCAAUCCAGAUGAAGAACGUCACCUUUGAGCAUGUGAAAGGUGUGGAGGAGGCAAAGAGUGAGCUGCAAGACAUCGUUGAGUUCUUGAGGAAUCCUCAGAAAUUCACUGCACUUGGUGGAAAGCUACCAAAAGGUGUCCUCCUAGUUGGUCCUCCUGGUACUGGAAAGACUCUGCUUGCCAGAGCUGUGGCAGGGGAGGCAGAUGUGCCAUUCUACUAUGCCUCAGGCUCUGAGUUUGAUGAGAUGUUUGUGGGUGUUGGAGCAAGUCGCAUCAGAAACCUAUUCAAAGAGGCAAAAGCUAAUGCCCCUUGUGUGAUCUUUAUUGAUGAGUUGGACAGUGUGGGUGGAAAGCGGAUAGAGUCACCCAUGCAUCCAUAUUCACGUCAAACCAUUAACCAGCUCCUUGCAGAAAUGGAUGGGUUUAAGCCAAAUGAAGGGGUUAUUGUUAUUGGAGCAACAAAUUUUGCAGAAGCUCUGGACAAUGCUCUUGUGAGACCUGGGAGGUUUGACAUGCAAGUCACAGUCCCCAGACCUGAUGUAAAAGGACGCACUGAGAUCCUGAACUGGUACUUGAAGAAAAUCAAAGUGGACCCUGAUGUAGAUGCAGAAAUUAUUGCCAGGGGAACAGUGGGCUUCUCUGGAGCUGAGCUGGAGAACUUGGUGAAUCAGGCUGCACUAAAAGCUGCUGUAGAUGGAAAGGAGAUGGUCACGUUAAAGGAACUGGAGUUUGCUAAAGACAAGAUCCUAAUGGGCCCAGAGCGCAGGAGUGCGGAGAUCGACAAGAAAAACAAGACGAUCACUGCAUAUCACGAAUCUGGGCAUGCUAUUGUGGCGUAUUAUACCAAAGACGCCAUGCCCAUAAAUAAAGCUACUAUCAUGCCACGUGGACCCACCCUUGGUCAUGUGUCUAUGCUCCCAGAAAAUGAUCGGUGGAGUGAGACUCGUGCUCAGCUGUUGGCUCAGAUGGAUGUCAGUAUGGGCGGCAGAGUGGCAGAGGAGCUCAUCUUUGGGGACGAAAACAUCACUACAGGAGCAUCAAGUGAUUUUGAUGGCGCCACUAACAUCGCCAAAAUGAUGGUUACACGCUUUGGAAUGAGUGACAAGCUGGGUGUCAUGACCUACUCUGACCUGUCCAAGCAUAGCCCAGAAACACAAGCUGCAGUUGACCAGGAAGUCAGGAUGCUGCUACAGGAUUCAUAUGAGCGUGCUAAGAAACUCCUCAAGACAUACAGCAAAGAGCACAAAAAACUGGCAGAUGCUCUGCUGGCCUAUGAGACUCUGGAUGCAAAAGAAAUUCAGAUGGUUCUGGAGGGCAAAUCUCUAGACCCCAGAUGAUGAUGUCCUCAAGAAUGUCUUUAAAGAGCUAAAAGGCAUUCAUUUAAACAGAGGUGAUGGAAUGAGGAAGGACACUAAUAUAAUGUCAGUUCUUCCACUAUCAAUCAGCAGAAACAAAUAAUAUGAAGAGAAAUAUUUCUAUUUAAUUUUUAUUUCUGAAAUUUCAUGUCCAAAGACACUUUGAUAGAGCUGUUUUGGCUAUUGCAGUUUCCCAAGCCAACUUAUUGCAGUUUCAACUUCUUUGUAUGUGUAACAGUGCGUUUUUUAUUUAUUUCCACUUUUGCACAACAGCUACUUGCUGACAACUGAACUCUGUCAUCCUGUGUGUGCAGAAAGGCAUGAUUACCACCUUCCAACUGGUGCAUUUUUCACUGUUACAGGUCCUGUAAAAAUACGAGUGCAGUAAUUGCCCCCUGGGAUAAGACCAUGAAUGACGGUCUUUCGUUCAUUCAAUUGGUCAGUCAAUUGUUCAUUCCACAGAAACAGACCUCUAUCUUUCAACAGAGCCAUUAAACUUGCCAGAUCUUAUUGGUCUAAUAUAACCACGUCAUAGCUAUAAUGUGGCACCAUUAAUGAAAGCAUUUUGCUGGUCAUAAAGAAACAGCACCUUUCUUUUGACCCUUGUUCUUCUGGAUGAACUCAAGCUGCAGCUUAAAAAUCUUUUACAAAACAAUUACGGUCUCAGUAGUAGUGUACCUGAAGUUAUCCUUGAAUCUGGCAGACACACACACCCACUGAAUAUUUUAUGUGUCUUGCAGGACAAACAGAUAAAUCUUCUGUGCGGUCUUCAAAGUAGAGUUUUAAUUUUACGUAUCAUUUCAUUAAAUAUGAGCUAAGAAUGUAACAUCAGUAUUACUUCAAUAAAAAGAUCUAAGAAUCAGCUUUUUUCUAAAUAGCAGCCUCCAUCUUGCAAAAGUGAAAACUGUUAAUUUUAUGGAAAGAAAAAGGGUGAAGUGAUGAUGAUUGAAAAGUUACAGGAUUAAGUACCAAAAGUUUUCUUUUGUCUUUUAUAUCAUAAAAGGAUACGUUAUUUAGUUGUAUGAGCAAAUCUGAUUUUACUUAGUGCCCUAUUUAUUAGUAGCUUGAUAUGGUGCUGAUGGAAGUCAUCUGUAUUUGAUUAACUGUGGCCAGUUUUGUGGCUGGUAAAGCAGCUAUGAUGGCAACCCUGUAUAUAAGAGUCUAUGUAAUGUCUGUGUCUGCUCUGUGAAUUAAUCCUCACUGAGAAUUAUUUCCCUAGUUAAAAGGAGCAAUUGUGAAUAACUAAUAAAGUGUGCUGGAAAUUGACAGUA